AUGAAAAAUGAAAGAUUGGGGGCUUCCCAUUUCUUCAAUGAACUAAUUAAUGAAUCUAAUAGGUUACUAGAAUUUGCCAAUAAUUUAUUUAAAAUAUCAAGUGAUGAAAUAGCAGUGAUUUUAAAUGACAAAAAUAAAAAGUUAUAUUUAGAAAUAUUAAAAUCAAAUCUCAGAGGAGAUAAUGAAGACUAUUGUAUGCUUUUGGAAUAUGAAUCAAUAAUAAAUAAAAAAAGAAAGGAACUUAUUUACAAAAACAAUAUAGAUAGUUUUAAAAUCGAAACCCAGAUCAAAGACUACCAAAAAAAAUUUAACCAGCUAUUUAAAGAGAUCAAUUUAAAAACAUUAAAUUUUAUGGACACUUUUUUAUCAAUCCCCCACACCGACCACUACGAUUUAUUUUUAAACUCUUUAAUAUUUUUAAUUAAAAUAGCAUUAAAAAUUAAAUUAAAAUUAAAAUUAAACCAACUUUUUUGGUCUAAUCAACUUAACAGUAAAAGUGAAACCUCUAGUGAUAAUUUUCAAUAUAAAGGAAAAAACGAAAAAGAAUCAACAGAUUUUAAAUUCGAAUUUAAUUAUUUAAUAAACUAUGAUUUAGAUAUAUUAGACAAUUGUUUAAAAAAUGAAAUCAAAAAGAUUAGUUUAAAUUGGUUAUCAAUUGUUUUCAUAAACUAUAUGUCUUUAAAAAACAUCAAACAAGUAAAAGAAAACUACAAAAAUGAUCUUUUGGUGUCCACAUUACCAAAAGAAACCAAUACAUUAGUUUUAUCAAAUAGGAAAGAGGUUUGCGAAAAAAUAGAACAAUUUUUAUUUAAACAAAAUGAAAUAAUAGAUAUUAAUUUUUAA